GUCUGUCAGUGAUCUUGAUCGGUACCUAUCGAUUAGAUGAAGUUUAUUGUUCAUUGUGCUCGUAUUUUCAUAAUUCGAUUCGGAAUAAUAAAAAUCCAUGGAAAAUAACAGAGUUUUAGAUCCAGACGUUUCUGUCGAUUUUGAAGUGUUUGGGAAAGUGCAAGGUUGUGCAUUUACUAAAUACUGCAAAGAAAUGUGCGAAGGAUUGGGAAUAUCAGGCUGGGUAAAAAACACCAAGAAAGGAACAAUCGCCGGGAAACUGCAGGGCAAGAAAUCAACGGUUGAAAAUGUGAUAUACUGGUUGUCAAAUACUGGAUCACCUGGAGCUAAGAUUGAAAGAUGCGACUUGGCCAACUGGCAAAUGUUAGCCAAGCCCGAUUACACAAACUUCAGCAUUAGGUUUUGAUGGGAACAAAUAUUGCCACGGCCACUGACGACAAUUAAUUAAAUAAAAGUAUUUUGUUGUCUACAUAUUAUAUUUUAAAUGCAUUUUUAUAAUU